AGCUGGCUUCUGACCGAUUACUUUGGGACAAUGCUUUGGGCCGUAAAAUGUAAUAAGUCCUUUCGAGACGGAAUAGGUCAUACCUCAAUUAUCUUGUUAAGGUUGGCAUAGACCAUUGCUACAAAUUAGUUGCGUAAGAUGUCGUCAAUCUUUUCUCUCCCACAUCCAGCGCUCUCUAGACCCCGACCAGUGACGAUACCUCCGUGCGUCACACCAACAUGUCAUGACAUAGGCCAGGGAAGUGGCACAGGCGUAUCGCUUUUCCUCCGUCUUCACAAGCGGUGCACUGCGGCAGAUCAACCGUUUGGAUGGAGCACAUCUCUUGCUGGAAGUGUCGAAUCCUUGGUGGAUACACGAGCGCCUGGAGACCUUCAAGGGGCAAACGUCGUGGCGGGCAAUACGCUCUUGGGCACCAGCGCAACUCCACAUUGGGCAGCUUCUAGGCCAUUUGACGGGACAUGUUCGCAAAGCCCCUACAGUGACUCCGCCAUGCCAUUGUCUGGCGUCGGAAAGCCGCAAAGCAGUGAUACGCUCAGCUGCUAUGCGCCGAACGCUGGAAGCACAGCUCGCCUAGGCCCGCUUAACGUGGCUUCGCUUGAAUCAAAUCACGGCGGCCAAGGCGGCCAUAGCGCAUCAGGCCAUCCGCCACCAACGUUGCCAUCACCUUCUCCACCAACACCCGCAGAGGCGGUUCCAGCUGACGUGGACGAGCGCUGCAUGCAUCCCCACCCUGGGAGCGUUUGCUGUACGACAACGACCGUUGAAAAGGACUGUACGAGCAAUGCUUGUGUGGUAACGCUGAAGGCCACUGUGAGGCUCACCGACUCCCGCCUCCACGCCGCUCCCUCCGAGCUGGAGGAGCUCGCUUGGCUGGCGGCGCGCGAUGCCGCCGCCGGCGCCGUACAGUCGCUCAACCGCCGCAGCGGCAGCGGACCCAUGGGUCGCGAGGAGCGACAUGGGUUCGUGUGCCACAUGCUGCGGCAUGGGACCAUCCGGGAUGCGAGGCGCAUGGAGAACGCCUUCGGCCACGUGAGCUACCUGCUGACCCUGGAGGACAAGCCCUCGGGCGCAAGGCUGCGCGCCGCCUUCAAGCCGCGAGUGGAGGGCGACUGCGAGGGCUGGCACCGGGUGCCCGUGGAGGCGGCCGCCUACCAGCUGAACCUGCUGCUGGGAAUGGACCUUGUGCCGCCCGCGGUGGUGCGGCCGGCAUGCGAUGUGGACUGGACACACUACCCGGCAGGCGGCGCCUUCAUCUACUGGUGCGGGGGCGCCCGGCAGCUGAGCGAGGUGCCCCCCGCGGCCUGGAGUGUGCCGCCGUCCGUACUGCUGAGCGACACUCGCAUCCUGGACGUGCUGCUUCAGAACAGCGACCGCCACUGCGGCCACUUCCUGCACGCGGAGCACUGGGCGGACGGGGACUACUACAUGAGCGCGACCCCACCUGCGACCCCACCCGCACCUCCUCCGCACCAACACCCACACCACGACAGGCACGCCCCGCAGCACCCUCAGCAGCAGCGGGGUGGUGCCAUGUCUAACGGGGGCGGGGCAGCAGCUGGCUCCGCCGGAGCAGCCACAUGCAGCGGAGGAGCAGCAGGAGGGGUACAAGGAGGAGGAGGAGCAGGAGCAGGAAUAAACCCCAGAGGUGGUUCAGGCGCCUGGCGCGGGCGGCUGAGUCCUGUGCUGGUGGACCAUGCAGCGGGGUUCAGGCCGGGCGCCUUCGUGAGUUUGGAGCACGAGAACGCAUUCCUUACGGGCCCCACCCGCCAGAUCUCCGCACGCACCUACCUGCGCCUUCGCUUCCUGGACGCCCCCUCGCUGCGAGCCGCGCUGGGGGACACGGUGAGCGAGGAGGAGGUGGGCGCGCUGCUUGCUCGCAGGGACGCCAUCCUGGCCUUUUUUGACGGGUUGGUGGCGGAGAAGGGGUACGAAAACGUGGUGCUGGAGGCGUGAGGGAGGUAGUGAGGGGGGAGGCACGCAGUGCACCGGUGUAUAACCUAAACCUGUGUGUUAACAAAACUGACAUGUUUGUUUGUGGGUUUGCUUGUCGGUUUGUUUGUGGGUUUGUUUGUUUGUUUUGUUUCUUUGUAUGAAAGCAACUGAUCCGUAGAACGGACACUUGACGUUAUGUACGGCAGUCAUGCAUGCGUUAAAAAACUGGCCGCAAGUCAUGCAUGUGUGCAUGUGUGUGUGUGUUGGAAGGCCGGGUGAGUGCGAUGGGGAGGAGGCGCAGGGUGGUUCGUGUUUUGUACGAUUAAGCUCUUGUACCGUACUGUUAAGGCUGUAUGUACCUUAGGUCUUUGCUAGGAAGUAAAGCAUGCUUGGCAUGAGAGCAGCUGCCCUAUCCACAAUAAUGGGAUGGCGGUUUUGAGUUCGUAAAUAGUAAUAUUGAGGAGCCAGUGAGCCAAGAUGGUUGCUUUGCUCAGUAGCAGGAGCAAACAUGCAUGUGCCGAACUAGAAACAGCUUGCUUGUCAGACGGUGGGUGCUGGCCAGUCGAGCCGCCGGGAUAUUUGUACUGAGUUUCGGUUGCAUUUGAAACGGGUAGGCUUGUUAGGCCUGCUAGGGCUGCCGACACAGCCGCAUUGGGUUGCGUGUUGGUGUGCAGAGUGUGGCCUGCUGCCGUGAUGCGGCUGCAAACCGCUGCAGGUCGGGGUUUGUGUAGGAAAAGGCGCUGUCCUUCCUCCUCCCAAGUGGUGGCUACCUAGUCGUUGAACAGGAGUUCUGGGGCGGUGCUCUAUGUUUUUUUCGGUAAAUAUGUACGUUUUGGUCAGGACAACUCAGUUUGGCGAUUUUUACAUAGCAGUGACUGUGGC